AUGGUGGUAACAAAGUGUCGGGGAGAUUUGCGAUUGCCGACAUUAGCUUCGGAAAUGCUUUGCUUCAGGAUGUGGUUCGUAAUAAGCAAUUGUUGCUUAAGUCAGACUCAUCAAAUUGCACUAAAGCGCCCUAUAUUGCUCACUACUGUUAAGAAGGAUACACAGUUGCGCUUUUGCAUGUGUGUCGAAGUUGGAAUUGCAUUCAUUCAUUCAUUCAUUCAUUCAUUCACUAAUCAAAGGGAUGAAAUAUUUGUAGUGAGACGUGUUCCAAUAAGAUGUUUUAUUAAGAGUUUACGCAUACAUGCAUAUACUCAUACACGCAUACAUGCAUAUACACAUACACACGUACAUGCAUGCACGCAUGCACGCAUACACACAUACACACGUACACGCAUACACGCAUACACGCGCACACGCAAACAUUCAUGCAUACAGGGUAUAGAGCAUUACGAGGAAUGGAUGAAUACCAUCUAUCCCUAUAUAUUACCGUUGUCAGGUUAG